UUUUACUACGCGUAUACUCACACGCUAAACCUCGUACAGCGUGUUACGCUAUGGACGACUUCACCUCCGCCGCUUCCGACGACGUGUCGCUUAAGGACGACGUGUGUGACAAUCACCAUCGGUGUAUUCUCCGAUGCCGCCGUUACCAUUAAAGUACCACCGGACUACACGAAAUUUUUCUUAGCAAAUCGUGUGCGAGUAACGUUUUGUGUUAUAGUGUUUAUUCAUUGUCACCGAUAAUCCGCCAUGUUAUUUAGUGCUUCUCUUCAGCAGCCGUUCUCAGUAGCCAUCAAUACAGCCUUUGCGUUGUUAAUGAUUGUGGCUAUGAGGCCGACGGUUUUGAGUAGUGUUCGCGCCCAAGCUGAGGAUAUACCUCACAAUGAAGUAAAAAACUGGGCUCUGAAAUUUGGCGUUGAUCUUUGGGAGUUUGGCAGGCAAAUUACAAACAUGCAUGAAAUACAAAGAAAGUAUCGAGAAAGAGAAGCAAAAGUAAAGAGAAAAGAUGGUCUUAUACUCAUUCGAGACUUGGCUGCUGAAGUGAAGAAUUUUAUGGACAUUAAAAGAAAUUCUGUAUUGAGACUGAUGGAAGCUGGUGAACAAUCCGCAUUAUCCCAACAAGACACAUCCAUAAGAAGUGAACGAUUGUUAAAUGAUGAGUUUACAGAUUAUAAAAGCCUUGAGUCUGUUGAACGAUACGAACAAUGUGCAUUUAAUACAACUUCCAACUGUGUUCUCUUACAAAGCUCAUAUUUAGAGCAGGAAAUUGACGAUGAGGCCGUACUACAAGGCAUGCAAUGGACUAGCAAUUUAGAUCCAAUAUUUGUCAGCAAUUACGAAAUGGAUCCUGUACUUUCGUGGCAAUAUUUUGGAAGUACAAAGGGAAUUCUACGAAGAUUUCCAACAUUAAGGUGGUCGACAUACUCGGGGUUAGCUCCAUCUAAUAUGUACGAUUACCGUUUAAAUCAAUGGUUUGUCGAAGCCGCAACUAGUGCCAAAGACAUAAUUAUUAUAGCUGAUCUAUCUAAUGUGCUUUCCGACUAUAAACUGAGUUUAGUUAGAGCAACUGCAUUGGCAGCAUUGGACACUCUGGGAGCUAAUGAUUUUGUAAAUGUUUUAUCUUUGGAGGCAUCCAACUAUGAAAUAGUACCAUGCUUUAAAGAACUCAUUGUUCAGGCCAAUGAAAAGAACUUACGAGACUUACGAUGGGCGGUGGCGCAAUCAAAGUUUACAGGAGGUUCUAACUUUACUGGUGCUUUAGCUCGUGCAUUCGACAUACUACACAAAUUUAAUCAAACGGGACAAGGCAGUCAAUGCAACCAAGCCAUACUAGUUAUUACUGAUGGCCCUUUUGGUCCUUAUAAAGAAAUAUUGCAACACAAUAAACCACAUAUGCCAGUGAGAGUAUUUACAUAUUUAGUGGGUAAAGAUAAUUCUAAUGCUGCCGACAUGAAUUGGAUUGCUUGCAAUAACAAAGGUUAUUUUGAGCACAUUGAAGACCAAAGAAAUCUACGUGAAAAGGUAUUAAACUAUGUACUUGUAAUGGCUAGACCUUUGGUUAUGUAUCAAAAUGACCAUCCUGUUUAUUGGUCUCCAGUAUACCUAACAAACAAGGUCGACAACUUGAAAGCUACUGACAGCGUAGAUAAUAGACUUAUGACAACUGUGUCAGCACCUGUUUACGAUAAGAGAAAUUAUUCGGAACGAGCUGCCAAUUUAUUGGGUGUGGUCGGUAUGGACGUUUAUAUUUCUGAUAUAAAAAAACUUGUACCGGCCUACAAGCUCGGCGCCAAUGGUUACUCUUUUAUACUGGACAACAAUGGUCAUGUACUUUAUCAUCCAGAUUUCCGUCCGACGCAAUCCGACUCGAUCAGACCUCAGUAUAAGACGGUCGAUCUGAGUGAGAUUGAGUUGCCGGAAGCGGACAAUAAUAACAACACUCUAUUACUUGAAUUGAGGCGUGAAAUGGUUAAGCAAGAAGAAGGCGAGAGCCAAUUGAAAGUAAAAAACCAUUUGGAUAAUAUGAGACGUGUAACUACGAGGAAAUAUAAAUACUUUUAUCAUCCUAUCAAAGAUACACCGUUCAGUUUAGGAAUAGCUCUUCCUGACAGCUAUGGAAUGUAUGAGGUACUUGGUGAAGAAGAAAUCAAACUAACUCAGUUUAAUAUCACAGAGUUUUUUAAAGGAAAACAUUGGAAGGUUCACCCAGAUUGGGUUUACUGCGAGUACAACUACGCAAACGAAUAUAACUUUAAAACGCCCGAAGAUAGAGUGUUACACUUUUUGUCCAGAACUAAAAAACCAGGUUGGAAAUGGAUGUCAUUGAGAUCAAGGUUAACACAAAGAGAUACUGAUACAAAUCAAGCUUACAAUACAUGGAGAAAAGAAAAAGAUUCGCAUUAUUGUGAUAAAAAUUUGUUACAAUCAUUGGUUUUCGAUGCUCUUGUAACUGAUAGUUUAGAACAACCAACUAUUCAAAUAUCUAAGGCUGAUAAGCACAAAUUUCCAAAAUUGUUAUUGAGAAUGAAAAAUUUAUUAAAUAGUCAAGGACAUCAUAUGUUUGGUGUAACAUUAACUUUCAUUGCUACAAGAAGUGGAUUAUUAAGAUGGCGAGAACAUGGAACUGAUACUAAUGAAGGAUCAGAACCUCAUUUUAGUGAGACAAAUAGUCGAGCUAUUGAUGAAGUAUGGUAUAAACGAGCGAUUGACCAACAUAGCGUUGAACCUGAAAGCUUUACAUUUUCAGUGCCAUUCAAUUCAGGUACUGGGCUAGACAGACCACUAAUUACAGCCACUCAUGCUAUGUUCGUAGAAAAUAAGGGACACAGAGCUGCAGCUGCUGUCGUUGGUAUCCAAUUUCAACAUUCUUCAAUCGCUUCACAUUUUAUCAACAUUACUUCAACUUGUACUGGUAUGACGGGUUGUAAAAAAACAUGUGCUUCGGAUGAUCUUGAUUGUUAUGUAUUAGACAACAAUGGCUUCAUAAUAAUAUCCGAACAGUCGCAUCACACAGGACAAUUUUUCGGUCAAACUGAUGGUACAAUCAUGGAUUCACUCGUACAAGACGGAAUUUACAAAAAGAUUACAGUGGUCGAUAACCAAGGUUCAUGUCAGAAUGGAAUUGAACUGGGCACCGACUCAGCAACAGGACUUCGACCUUUUCAACCUAUUACAUGGUUUAUAAAAUGGUUUUUGGGACGUUUGACUUGGAUGGCUAUUGAAACUCAUUUGUAUCAUGUAUUGUUUCCAAAAUGGAUUUAUGGACAAGCCGAUGAACCAGCAUACGCCGAUUAUGAUAUAGAUCCAAUUGAUGGUUCAUUUCCGGAAGACAAGUUACCUGUUGACCAAAGUGAAAAACCAAUAUUAAGGGAUGAAAAUCCAAAUGCUGGUUCAAAUAAUGACUAUGGAGAUUUGCCUCCACACCCCCCCUUAUACGUUCCUAAUAUAAAGAACAACGAUUAUUUUAAUCCAACCCACAAUCAUACUCUUCCGGGAGUCACGAGAACAUGCAAAAAAACGGUUGAUCUUUAUGUUUUACAACCAAGUAGGCUGAAUAUGAGUGGUUCGUUCAACCCACUUAAAGGGAAAUUAACAAACUGUCAUGCAACUGGAUGCGAACGACCAUUUAGCGUACAAAAAAUUCCUCAUAGUAAUCUCAUAUUGCUAGUAGUAGAUACAUUAUGUCCAUGUGGAAGCAAGCAACUCAGCAUUGAGCCUCAAGAAGUCCGGCAUGCUGAUGAAUCCGGACAGCCAGUUUAUUAUUGUCAAGAACAAAACAUUCACAGAAGAAUUACUGGAAAGUGUAUCAACUAUCACCCAGAAGAAAUUGAAAUAAAACAGUGUGGUUCAAGUUCUGCAUUAAUAGUUACUUCAUAUUUAGUACUUUUAUGUUUAAUAACUGCUAUAUGGAUAACGUGAUCAUCGUACUACAGCUGAAUAACAUAAUCAGCAACUUUUUUUUUGUAAACUUUUUGUGUAUAAUAUUAAAUUUAUUUUGUAAAACGAUAUAAUAUUUGUGCUUAAUUAUAUUUAAGAUUAGUUGCUCGGACUUUAUGUUAAUUUUUUAUUCAAUUGGAGAGCGACUUCAUUUAUUAUAAUUUGUACUACUUACAAAAUAAUUUGGUAACAUUAAUUAUUUGACAUACGUUUUUUUGUUCAAUAAUGCCUAAUCAUUAAUUUUGUAAGCAAUUACAUCUUAUUUUUGUAUAACAAAGGAAAUUAAAUAAAAAAUAUUAUUAUAAUUAUUAAGUUAUUGUAAAAACGACCAUAGACAAUAAUUUUGUAAUUUUAUUUAUCAUUUUGGUAUUAGUAAUAAUUAAUUUAUAUAGAUAAUUAAGUGUGAAUGAUUUUUUUAAUUUAAAUUAUUUGUUUUUUUUUUAAUAAUUAAUAAUUUAAUGUAUAGAUUACAUAAUAAUACAAUUUAAAAUUUUUUGUUAAAUUAAAUUAAUAAUAAAUGUCUUUUAAUUAAUUAUCUAUAAAUUAAACAUAAUAUACUAGAGUAAUAUUUUACAUAAGAAUUAUUGACAAUAAAAUUUAUAAGAAAAAAAAAUUAUUUUAAAAUUGUUCACAAAAGUAUUGUCAUUGAAAUUAUUAUUCAGUUAAUCUAUUUCUUAAUAACUUAAAAAUAUAUGUUAUAAAAAUAAUUAAUUUAUAUAUGUUGAUUUUAAGUUAUUAUUCCUAUGAUUUAAAUUGUUUCAAAAGAGAUUAUUAUAUUUUCUGUUUUCUAUGAGUGUACAGAAAGUUUUUGUAAAUUAUACCAUAUAAAAUUAAUUAAACAUUUAGAAUAUUGUUAAAGAUGACUAGUCAAAUGUAGUGUUAUGUUUGCAAUUAGUAUAUUUGGGUAAUUGAUAUAUUUUUUUUGUAUCUGUCAUUAUUUUGUAAUUUUUUAUUUUACGAAAAAAUCUAUUGUUAUUAAUUUAUGUAAAUAUAAUAUAAUACGAAAGUCUAAAUACAUAUUUCAUAAGCAUUUAGAAUUGAACACUGUAAAAAUAUAUGUGCAAUUUUUUUUUAUUAUUUUAAGUUUACUUUAAAGUAUUACUUAGAUAGUUAUUGUUCAAAAAAGGUAAUGAAUGUUACACUGUACAAAUAUCCAUAUAUUUUAACUAGAUACAAAAGUAUUAGGGUGGACACAAUUUUAUUAGAAUCAUUUUCAGUUAAGCAAUCAAUUACAUUUAAAAAAAUUUAAGACUUCUUAUUAUAAAUCAAAAACAUAUAUUUGUUAAAUUGAUUAAUUUAAUAAAUAAUUUUAAAUAAUAAUUUACAUUAAAUAUUAAUAAUUAAUAAAAAUAGCAAGAAAAAUAAAUAUUAAAGAUUUUAAUUAAUAAUAAAGAUUAUUUAACAGUGAUUAUAGUUCAAAGUAGAUUAAUAUUCAAAAAACAAUUACAUAGUUAUCACAAUGUUUUCAUGUGUAAUUGAUCUAAAAUUAAUUUUGAUAUGAUUUUUUAAAAUUUUGCAUUUUAAAGGUCCUAUUCCUAAAACCCUGAUGUAAAUUAUAUUGUAUACUUAUAUAUAACAUAUUAUGUCUUCCAGUAAUGUUUAAUUUAGUACAUAAUACUUCAUGUAAACAUUGCCCAAUUAAAGGAGCUAUAAGCUCUCUAAAAAUUA